UGGGGCACUAAUUUUGUAGAUUUGAUCUCGCUAAAUCUCGAAUUUUAUUCGCCAUAUUGAUGAUUUGGAAGGGCAAGCUGACGUAGUCCUCUCAUUAACAGGCAUGAAUACAUCAUACAAAUUAGUUAAAUUAGUUUUUUAUAGUUGAAUUUUUAUUGUAUUUGUGUAUAAAUCGUCCAAAUUAAUUACAGAUCUGUACUUAUCGGAGGGAAGUGAAAAUCUGUAAUGCUGUCAUAUAUACUAAAGUAAGGUUACUGCGAUUAAAUCAUGGGGAAAAGAAAGUCAGCAAAACCACAGAAAUAUAUUCAACAGUCUGAAGAUGAAGAUGAGGAUCACAUGGAUUUUUACGAUGAUAUAGAAGAAUCUGAAAACAUAGAGGACCAUGCCUUAUCUAAACAGGCGACUACCACUUCUGGAAAGAAUAUUAGAGCCCUAUGGACUAAUGACAGACCUCCAGAACAUACAGAAAUAAGGAAAGAAAACAAUCAUACACCUCCUAAAGAAUCUUUGGAAAGUAGUUUUUGGGCUGCUCAUUUUCCAAUCACAGGAGACACUAUAUCAAAUAACAAUAAAUUUGAUUUUAAUAAUUUCAAAGUAGAAACAGCACCUUCUGUAGAUAGCAUUAGGGAAAGUUCACGUCAUUUAAAUCAAGGGAGCCCAUUAGAGACUCUCUUAUCCGAGCGUAUUUUUAACUCUAAUCCUUUUUUAGAAGAGAGGCUGCGGGAGGGCAUAAGUUUAAAUCACAGUCGAAAUCUUAGUGGAACUGAAAGUGAUCGAAGAAGCUGUCAAGAUUUCGAUGGUGAAAGAAGAGGAUCCCGGCCCAAGCGCAGGAGAAAAUAUGUAACAUAUCCAGCAACCUUUCGAUUGGAAGUUGUUGAACAUGCGGAACGGUUUGGCAAAAGUGCUGCUGCUAAAAAGUACAAUAUUUGUGUUGAAAAAGUUAGUAUGUGGUGUAAAACAAAGGAUAACAUUGUUCAUAAAGUAAAGAAAGGGGGCCAGGUUUCUGCUGAUGGAAGUUUUGAUACGAGUUUUGAUGACAGGACUGAAGAUUUGUCUAUGGUAGGGACUCCAGAAAGGACACCAGAUGAUGAAAUGGAGGGUGGUAAAGAACUAGGGGAAGAUAAAAGGCAGCAAGUAUCUCAAGAACUUGAAAUGUUAUAUAAUGAUGAUUCUGAUGCAUCUGACAAAUAUGAACCUGAAGUAUUAAGAAGGCCUGAGGUAGUAUUUCCUGCCUAUUUCAAGCAUAGAGUAGUCAUUUUUGCUGAAGAUAAAGGAGAAAAAGAAGCGUCACGGGAAUUCCAUGUUUGUGAAAAACGUGUUUCGAUUUGGUGUCAAGCAAAAGAGUAUUUAAAUGAAUAUGUAAAUACACACAAAGUAGAAGAUUGGGAGUGUGAUCUGUAUGUGACAUUAAAAAAGCUGCUGGAAGAAAAUUUCCAGGUUACAGUGCGAGAUCUUAUUGUCCGUGCUGAGCAAGCACAACUUGCAAGUUCAUCCACUAAAUCAACCAUUAGCACUGCGUGGCUAACUGACUGGUGUCAGAAGUUUAAAGUCUGUUUCCGAAGCGUUAUGGAAAGUACUCCUCAGCCAUUAACAGAAAAUACAUGCCUGAUUUUGGAAACAAGCCUUUUCCAGGUUGAUAGGGAAGAACUUCAGAUGUUAGCUCUAAGAAACAAAAAAACAUCCAAAGUACAAGAUUUAAUUGACAGCAGUCGCACUUUGGAUGCAUCACCCAGCGCAUCUGAUCGAGAAGACUCUUUCUCUUCAUUCUCGUUUAGCAGCAAGCGUAGACGACGUUCGUAUACGUUAGCUUUUAAGCUUGAGGUUGUGAAGUUUGCACAGAGUCACACGAAGCACGCGACAUCGCGGAAAUAUGGUAUUGCGCGGCGGGUGAUUAGCCGAUGGAUAGCUGAUAAAGAAGUCUUGCAAACAGAUUUACUUAAUGCUACCCAGCAUGUUCUGAAUGAUAGUUUGACUGAGGAGGUUGAUCUUGAAUUACUUAAGUGGUAUAAAGAUUUAAAGAAACAAGGUCAGCAGGUUACAAAAACAAUGCUAUGGGCUAGAGCAAACACUUUAUUUGAGCAGCAGAAUGGCUCAAAUGGUGGGCAAAAUAAAAUGGCUGCUUCAAAUACCUGGUAUCGACAUUGGCUUUUGAAAUGUAAAGAGAGAGGAGAAUCUGUUGAAAUAGAGGAAGAAGAUCCAACACCAUCAUCUAGUUCAACACUUCCCAUCUCUCAAGGACCCUUGGACUUGCAAAAUUCAAGAAAUGUUGAAGGAAGUUCUUUAAAUGCCCUUAAACAAGCUUACAUGACAAAUGCAAUCCUCAGUACAAUGAAAAGUAGUGAAAUGGACCUAAAACUCAUGAGUCAAUUUCCAGAAUUGCUGAAUGUUAUUCAGCAAAAUCCAUCCAUCAUAAACGCUGCAGCACAAAUGCAAUCAAAAGAUUCUGAUCUUUAUAAAGCGUGCUCUUCCUCUCUACAAGCUGUUAUGAAUUUAUGCAAAGAGAGAAAUGAAAACAGCAUAAAGCAGAGUCAUCCAUACCUGAAUCACAUAACAGAUAUACAUUCUGCUGAAGAGAAAAAGAAAGCUUUGAGUGUCAAAAAAAGAAGAGAAAGGUAUUCUCCUGACUUUAAACUAAUGGUGAUAGACUAUGCAGCCAGUCAUUCUUAUCAAGAGACUUCAAGGAAGUUUGGUGUCCAUCAUAUAACAGUCUCAGAAUGGUGUAAAGACAAAGAUAGAAUACGGAAAAAAGUCUAUUGUGAAAAUCUUCAGACAUUGCAUACAAAGAUACUGAAGUCUGAGACAGCAGAGCAGAAAUUUCUUUCAUGGAUACAGGAUUGUAAUAAACACAAGGUCAUUAUCAAACCAAUGGAUGUGCAAAAUAAGGCAAAUGAAAUUUUAAAUAUUAUAGGUGAAGCUGAAGUGAAAAAAAAUUGUUGGUGGUUUUAUCUGUGGAAUAAAAGAGGUAUGGACCCUGAGAAAUUAUAUGAAGAGGAUGCAGAUAUUGAUGUUUUAGAAAAAGAAAGCCGUGUGAAUUACCCUCCUGCUGUGAAAGUAGAGAUUGCGAAAGUUGCUGAAAGGCAAAGUGUGAAUUGUGCUGCCAGAUGUUUUCGUGUAGCUCGAAAAAGAAUACGUGAAUGGGUUAAGAGUAAAGAUAAAUUAAGAUGGCUGGCUGAGACGGGCCAAGUUCGAGAACGUGGAGGUUCUUUAGGUGGAAGGAAGGUGAACUGUUUAGAUGUAGACAAAGAAGUGUUUGAUUGGUACAAUAGUUCAAGAACUCCAGAUACUGCACCAGAGUUACCCGAGAUUAGAACCAAAGCUUUAGAAAUAUUUCAGAAACAUGGUUUUAAUAACAUGAAAUGCAGUAAAGAAUGGUAUAAAAAUUGGUGUAAAAGAUAUGGCAUUUGUAGGAGCCUUCAGAAAGAUAAUCAAUUGAUAAAGUGGAUAUUGACAAGAUAUGACAAAAAUUUACCUAUUACAAAUCAGGAGCUUGUGGAGUAUGCUCUUUCUGAAAAAAUGAAAACUGGAAUUCAAUUAAAUGACAUGCCUGCCGAAGAUUAUGUCUUUUCUUUCUGUAAGAGGUAUCCAAGAUUACUAGAAGCAUUGCCUAGUAUUGGGGAGACUUUCCCUGAAGAAAUGGAGGCUGAAGUAACCAAGUUUCGCAAUAUGGUGAAAGAGCUCCAAGAGGAGAAUAACUUCUCUAUGCUGGCUAUAGGCUGCAUGGAUGAAAUUCCUUUGUUAUUUACUGUAUCUGGAAAUGAAAGAAGAGUUAUUUUUAAUAGUGGGAUGUAUUCUUGGAAUGCUGUCGUCAUACUUUCUUGUUUGGCUGACGGGACCUUCUUGCCGCCCAUGAUUAUUCUGAAAAACCAUGAAUACACAUCAAGGCCCCAAGGAAUACCUCAUCUUUUAUUCAGAGAUAGAUUAUUAGUUGAUCAGCAUGUUAUUAAAAAGUGGGCUGAUGAUGUGUGGUUGAGCAAUGUGCCAUCUCCAAGUAUGCUCUUGAUGGACUGCUUUGAACCUCACAUUUGCAGCUCAGUUCAAGAUGCGAUUCUAGAAUCUGGUAUAACACCUGUUAUCAUGCCUGAAGGCUGCGCAUCCAAACUGCAGCCUCUAAGUGCAUGUAUAAUCAGAAACUUCCAAGAAUUAUUGCAAGAAAUCUGGAACUCUUCCAAAAGCUCGAGUUCACUAGAUGCUCUUUCAAAGACGGCCAUGAAUACUUAUCUUCCUUCCGCAACUGAAGUUUCCCGGUGCAUCAUGGACGCCUUUGAUAAGCUCAAGAACCAACGGGACCUUGUACGACGCAGUUUUGUUGUUACAGGUGUUGCUGUGGCCUCUGAUGGCAGUGAAGACGCUCUUAUUGAAAAUGCAGAGUGGUUUGGGUGUUCUGGAGAUGAACAUGUGUUAUCUCCUGCCAGUGAAAGUGAACCAGACUCCGAUUUGGAUGCUUGAUAUCUUUAGGUUUAGAAAUUUUAUGUUCGUGCUGUUGCUUUGGCCAUCAUUGUCUUCUGUGAGAAUUAUUUUUUUGAUAGACAGUGUCUAUUACUGCGAUUCAUGUUUAGUCAGCCUCAUUUCAUCAAACAUAUUUAUUUUCUUUAAUUUUCUGUGUGAAAGUUAUACAUUUUUUAGCAUUUUAUAUCAUGUUUUAGUGCUUGAAAAAAGUAUUUUUUAAUUUUACACUCAAUUUUAUGGGGGUUCUUACGGGUAUUAUUUUGAGCAGCUUUAUAAAUGAAAAAGGUCAAUAUGCAUGGGACCAUAUUUUGCCUAUAUAUUUAUAGGAUUUCAUUUUCUUUAGAUAUUUACAGACCCUUAUUGUUGAGUGAAAUCUUCCAAUAGAAUAUUACUCAUGAAGACUUGACUCAUGAUUACUCAUGAAAUAAUCAUAAUGGUCGUAUCUCCCAUAAUUGCAUAUAUUUUAUCUCUACCUUUGUAUGCUUUAUAGCAUAAAUGCUAAUGCUUUUAUUAGCAACUUUCACUAUGCAAUUUAUGAUACCAAGACAGUGCGCAAUUUUUGCACAUAAAACCGGUAUAAUUUAUACAUACUCUAAAAGUAGAGUAACCCUAUCUAUGCACCCUAGCGUAUGAAUAUCACUUUAAAGAGGGAGGGAAGGAAUUCUAACUCUGGUCGUUUCUGUGAAUUUUGUAAGUUUUUUUAUUGUACCUUGUCAGACCAUGGAUUAUGUAUCUUAUAUUAAUCACUUAAAACAUUCUAUUUAUUUUUUUCACUCGGUGAAAAAGGAAAUUUUAGAUGUUUAUAUACAUACUAUAUACAUACAUAUUAGUAAAUAAAUAAAUAUAUAUAUAUAUAUAGCUAUAUUUUUAGGCUUGCUGCAAAUAAUGUUGCUAGCCACAGAUUGGAAAGCUGUGCAUAACAUGCCCCUCAUAAGGUGCAGACAAAAAAGUAAUAUUUUUGAGUUAAUUUGGCCAACAUCGUCUUCCUAUAAAUCUAGGAAAAUUGACAUUGUAUCUGUCAAAUAUUUUUAAACUUCCAAAUGAAGGCUUUAAGAACAGAUGCUCUGAAUAGAAGGUAAACUGAUAUGUGUUUGAUCUAUUGAGUGAAUGCUUAGGUAUGGCUAGCCCUGAUAGGUUGUGUGUUUAUACAACACACCCUUCAGUGAAAUAAAAGUUCGCCUUAACAACCUACAUAUAUAAAAUACAGCCUUUUACGCCUUGAGAGUGGUAUUACUCAAGGCUCUGCCGUGCAAAGUGUGUUUUUUUUUUUUUAGUGUUCUGUAAAGCUUCACAGAAUGAUCAUUUAAUGAUUAUUCUUUUUGUGUGUAUAGCAUUUAUAUCGUUAUGCAAUAUCGAAACGCUGCGACUGUUGAAAUGUUAAUUGUGUAAAACAAUUUAUUUUAUAACCUGGUGGACAAAUUGAUAUAUUGAGUUUAAUUUUUGUAUAAAUGCUUUUAUAUUUCAAAAAUGCCAUGCAUAUUCGAGUAAUGCCAGAAGUAUAUGUGAUUGAAAUUCCUCCUCCUCAAGAAAAGUAUGUAAAAUUUAAUAUUGCAAGACAUUUGAAUCUAUGUUAUGCACUAGCUAUUUUAAUUUAAAAUAGUAUUUCUUUAUGUUCAGAGUUCGGUUUUCAGCUUUGUGUGAUUGAAAGAUAAAUGAAAAAAGAAAAUUUUCAGGAGUUUUUCAAUAUUAUCUUCGUUUUUGAGCUUAUGAGUACAAGUGUUGUGCUUAAUUAUAUUUUAGUAUAUUUUAAUGUGUAAAUAAUAUUUAGAUUUUAAAUUAAAAACUUUCCUUUAUAUGUGUUUUAUGAGACCAAUGUAUAUGUACUUUUAUGUUUAUUUAAGAAAUUUUUGUUUGUAUUGUUACUUUUUACUGCCACUUUUUUGUAUAGAUCUAUUUCUUGUCUUAGAUUUAUUGUUAAAUGCGUUGUUGUAUAUGUUUAGAUUUAAUCAUUUUGUAGUCAUUAAGUUGCAUUCAGCAAUGUCAUUUGUUACUGUUUGUAAGAUAAAUUUUUAUGAUGUGAAUCCAUGUGUACAAUUUUACUUCGAGAAGAAAUCGAUAAGCUUAGGUCAGGGACUUCUGUGUUAUUUAAUUGAGCUAUCUUUAAAUACAGAUCAUAAAAAUAUACAUUUAGAUAUAUUUUAAUGACUUUUAAGGAUAAAUCUUAAUAAAAUAAAAGUUCUUGUUUCAGCUUGAAUGAUUAGAAAUGGUAAGAUGUUGCUAUCGAAGCACUAAACAUAACUUUUUUAAUUAGUCCCUGAUUGUUUUCGUUCUUAGAGAAUGCAUAUUUGAAAUUAGUUUAAGUGUUGUAAACACUUAACAAAUCAUGCUGUGAAAAUGUAGAUGUGUAAAAAUGUGUAGAUCUUCCAUGCAUUAAAUGCACAAAAAUCUUCCCCUUGACAGUCGCAGCGGUUCGUUUAAAGAAGUCUCUGCUAUAUGUGUGUGUUAUUUAUGUCAGAGGAAUUUGUAAGAUAAAUCGUAACUUAUUUUUGUAUCGAAGUGAAUAAAAACUAACAAACAUUGGA